AUGACUUAUUUUUCCGGGCUGUACGUGAAGGCAGCAUUAGUCACAACGGGAGAGGAGCGCUCGUGCCGUGCCUCACCAGUAGCCCUCUCAGGACAGGACGGUAUUAUUAUGAGCUGAAGAAAUCCUGCUGUGUUACGAUGAUGCAUGAGCAGUUGAAAGGGUGAGAGGCUCUUCACGUGUGUGGUGGUGUUAGAUUAGUUUUUAGCCUUUAGUUGAGUGUUUUUCACCUACAGUAGGCCAAUAUAUAUUUUUAACCCCUCCCGGUAGUUUUGUAGCUUCUCGGACAGUCCCUGAGUUUGGUGGCAGCACAAUGACACUGGUGUGUUUUAAUUUUGUGCUGGAAUAGCGAGACAUGUGCGGCAGAUAGGCUGCGUCUCGUCUCGCCUAAAAGCAGCCGGAACCGGAUUUUUUUUACAAAGUCAGAGACCACAAGAAGGAGACGCAACAUGUUUGAAGCUUCGGGGAUCCCUCUCAUCCUGCUGGACAUUGCCUGUCUCAUCCUCGUCGGACUUCCAUUUUUUAUCCUUACCCCUCAACACAACCCUUUCAAACGGGGUUUCUUCUGUAACGAUGAGUCCAUCAGAUACCCCCUCAAAGAGGACACCAUAUCCUACCAGCUGCUGGGAGGAGUCAUUAUCCCCUUCACACUGAUCGUGAUCGUCUGUGGCGAGUGCCUUUCUGUUUACUUGUCUCGCAUCAAGAACCAGUCUUUGGGGACCAAGUAUAUGGCGUGUGUCUACAAAGCUGUGGGGAGCUACGUGUUUGGAGCUGCUGCUAGCCAGUCUCUGACAGACAUAGCCAAGUAUUCCAUUGGUCGCCUGCGGCCAAACUUCCUGGCUGUAUGCAAUCCAGUCUGGGAUCACAUCAACUGCAAAGCUGGAGGAUAUAUCGAGAACUUCACCUGCACUGGAGACAAGUUUCUGGUGGAAGAGGCCAGACUGUCCUUCUUCUCGGGUCAUUCAUCCUUCUCUAUGUACUGCAUGCUGUUCCUUGUACUGUACAUUCAAGCCAGACUGAAGUCAGAAUGGGCAAGGCUUCUGCGUCCCACUAUCCAGUUCUUCCUGAUUGCAACUGCUGUGUAUGUGGGUCUAUCCCGGGUGUCUGACUACAAACAUCACUGGAGUGAUGUGUUUGCUGGCCUCCUGCAAGGGGGUUUAGUGGCUACCUUCACAGUGUUCUGUGUGUCCAAUUUCUUUGAACAGCCAGUGGACCCGGUGGUGUCACAGGAGGAAGACGCCUCACACACCAGUUUACAGGAAAACCCUUCCAAUGGGAACCACUAUGGCAGCACUGACUGAAUCUGAGGCCUCAAUGACAAUACUGUUUAGGGUCUCUGUCCCUUUUAAAUGGUCACCAAAGACCAACAUCAAUGAAAUGCAAGAUAUUAACUGCUGGCUGUUUCUGUGCAUUUCUUCAACAUAGUUUGCCUCAUGGAGCCAACGCUGCAGCCUGCAAACUUCAGCUGCUACCUUUGGUGUGGUCAGUAAACUUUAAGAGACAUUACAGAAGACAGUACUUGCACUGUACUGAGUUAUAAAGAAGCAGAUGUUUCUGCUGAGUUUUGGGGUAAAUCCAACAUAACACAGUUUAUUAUGGAAUGACAAAACAAAGUACAGCAUGUUGGGUUUACUUUAGAAAUGUAUUUUUUUGGGUUUGUUUUUACAGUGUGAGCUUGUUGGAAAUGUGGUUUCUAAUGUAUAUUGGUCUGGUGUUGCCAUCAUGAAUGAAUGAAAUUCCUUUUGCCCAGAAUAUAAUGAGUAUCUGUGUGCGCACUGCAAGCAGGCUUGUAGAGAGCCUGACACCUGUGAAUAAGAAAACCUGGACUGUCCUUAAACUUAAAAUGGAGACUGAACUCAGAAAUUAUGUAUUUGAUGUUCAUUUCUGCCUUAGUCAGAUUGCUGCUACCUGCUGUUAUGUCCCCUCCCUGAUGUAAUUUCAUGUAUGAAAAAUACAAUGCAUUGAUUUUUUUCUUUUUUUACAGUUUGUAUGAAGCUUUACACAAUAAUAUUUAGAGCAGUACUGGGAGAAAAUGUGUGACAAAUAAAGAGAGCUAAAUUUUGCUACUUUGUUACAACGUAGGGAAAUGAUUCCUGUGUGUUUUGCCUGUAGAAAAAGACAAGGCAGAUAGAAAGCACGUGAAUGGGCCUUGGGCAUAGUGCAACUGCUGACUCAUUUGCUGCAGCAGAAUAGCUGAUUUGUUUGUUUUUUCUGCAGCGUAAAGUAUUAGCAUCAAGGAAGAGAAACCAAGAAUGUGAAUCAAUAACCAAACUGUCUCAGAAAUGCAGACAUGAAAGAAAGGUUUUCCCAAACAAAACACUACUUUGGGUAUGUCGUUCACUGUCUGUGUAGACCGACAAUAGAAAACACAAGCAUGCAGAUGUACCUGUUCUGAUGUCAAUGGAAAAACAUGUUUGUUUGUUAUGCCCCUGCUAACAUGUCAGCACAUGAACAAGCAGAUUCUCAUUGUUUCUAACAGGAAGAGGGGUCAGUCUGUCCUCAUCAAAGGAAAGUUCUGUCAGCAGACAGGCGCUGAUCCUUGGCUGCAAAUGUCCGAGUUGAGGAUCUUAGACUUUAAAUCCUAUUACAGUGACUGAGAACUAGGCUAGAGAGAAGUUGAACACACAGUGACACCAUUAAACCACAUGCAUCAAUGUCAACUUAAGUGUAUCAACUAAUUGUUUGGUCCGUCAUGUUGAAUAUGAAUAAUCAGUCAUUUACAGUCUUUACUGGAAGCAAUGUGAAACUGUGAAAACAGUAGCCUAUUGGACAGCAAAUUCAAUUAUAGUAAUACAGAAAUAUGUUGUAAAGUGAAUUAGUACAGAAACAAAAAAAAAUGGAUUCAGAAAAGUAUUGUUAGCUGUCAAAUUAGCUACUGUACGUGGACCCUCAAGUGUCACCCAUAGACCGGUAUCACCACUAAAAGAUCAACAUUAAAGUUGCGUUCAUGUCAUGUCACAGUUAUCGUAAUUACGAGUUUCCGAAUUGUAAAUAGCAUCAUGUCAACUUCCAAGUCGUAGACUGAGAACCUUUGAUUUAUCCUGCUUUACACUUACUAACACAGAAGUACCUGAAAACAGAACAAUCACAUUUGCCAAAGACUGUAAUUAAACCCAAAUGUAAUGGAUAUGAUGUUAUAUUGUCAAUGCAUAGUUUUUUUAAUCUGUUAAGACUAUAGACUGUAAAUAAAGACUGCGGUUACAACCA